AGAUAGAGGAUUUAGAUUGCAGGAACUCGCAGGCCUGGGUGCAGAUCUGAGAUCUGAAAUCUUUCCCAGGUGGAGAAGCCUGGUCCCAGUUGAAGAUGGCUCAAGACCAGGCGUUGACCGCAGUGCAGGAGGCCUUGAAGAAGUGCUUUCCGGUGGUGGAGGAGCAGGAAGGUCGAUGGAAGGAUGCCCUGAAGGACUGUCCAACCCUUCUGACCUCUCUGGGCAACCUGGCAGAGCAGGUGCAGGCGGCCCAGCAGGUGCGCUUUGAGGAUGUGGGCCUCCUGCGGCCCUUCCCUGACCUAAAGGAGCGACUGAGGCUCAAACAAUUGACCGCUGGGGAUGUGAUCCUGGACAAGCUUCAGGAGAGGUUAGCCAUCCUCUGCUCCGUGUGUGACACGGUCAACAACCAUGUGGAUCGAGUGCGCCGGGUCUAUGAGCAGCAUGCAGAUGCCAUUGACAUUGACGCAGUUCUGCAGGCAUCCCCUGUGAGUCCCUCUGUGGCAGACAUGCUGGAAUGGCUGCAGGACAUUGAGAGAUAUUACUGGAACGCAUACAGAAAGAGAAAGUGUCUCCUGUCCUCAUUCCUAUGGGAAGACUUGGAGAGCAUCCAGGCUUUACCUAGAACCUGGGACAGAAUUGUGGAAGAUGAACAGCAGGAUCUUGUACAAGAUAUCCUGAUCAGCGUUUCCUUCUUUUUGGAAAAGUAAGAAUAUUGGGUGUUGAUCUGGAGAUCAGAAGGCCACAGUUGAAGACAAACCGCACUCUGAUAU